AUGCCACCCAACGACGGCAUGCCAGGAGGACCAAUGCCCCCAGGCUUCUUUCAAGGCCCUCCAGGAUCGCAGCCUUCUCCACACACACAGCCUCCCCCACACAAUCCAAGUAACCCCAUGAUGGGCCCUCACGGACAGCCGUUCAUGUCCCCGCGGUACCCUGGAGGCCCCCGGCCCUCUCUUCGAAUGCCAAACCAGCCACCAGGGAGCAUCCCCGGGUCACAGCCUCUGCUGCCAAAUAGCCUAGACCCAACCAGGCCGCAAGGACAUCCGAAUAUGGGUGGUCCAAUGAGAAUGAAUCCGCCACGGGGGAUGGGAGGCAUGGGCCCACAGAACUACGGUGGAGGGAUGAGGCCGCCUCCAAACUCCAUGGGGCCAGGAAUGCCAGGCAUGAACAUGGGUCCUGGUGGAAGAGGUCCAUGGCCAAACCCUAACAAUAAUUCGAUAGCAUAUUCGUCUUCAUCUCCAGGGAACUACGUGGGCCCUCCAGGGGGAGGCGGCCCACCAGGAACUCCCAUCAUGCCUAGCCCUGGAGAUUCAACGAACUCGAGUGAAAACAUCUACACAAUGAUGAACCCCAUCGGCCCAGGUGGAAACAGACCUAAUUUCCCAAUGGGGCCUGGGCCUGACGGGCCCAUGGGAGGGAUGGGAGCCAUGGACCCACAUCAUAUGAACGGAUCGUUAGGUUCAGGUGACAUGGACGGGUUGCCAAAGAACUCUCCCAACAACAUGGCAGGAAUGAACAAUCCGCCCGGCACUCCUCGGGAUGAUGGUGAAAUGGCAGGCAACUUUUUAAACCCAUUCCAAAGUGAAAGUUAUUCGCCCAACAUGACAAUGAGUGUGUGA